AUGGCCGAACCCACCGGCCCAGCGCUAACCGCGCCGUCACCAGCCCCUACGCCCGCGAGCGAGCCUCAGCCCGCCACAGAAAAUGCUCCGCAAACCCUCCCCAUCCGCGACUCAAAACCCGCCAAGCCAAUCGCCAAAGAUGCCACCGCCCCCGCUGACGCCGCCGGCAAUGCCGACAAAGCCCUCACACCCGCCGAACUGAAGAAGAAGGCCAAGGCCGAAAAGGCUGCCCGCCGCGCGCGCGAGAAGGUCGAGAAAGAGCAGGUUGGCGGUCCUGCUGGUGGUGCCGCGCCUGGUGCUGGUGGUCAAGCUCGUGCCCCCACCACGCCGAAGAAGGAUGCUGCUGGUGGUGCUGCACAGAAAGGUGGGAAGGCUGCGCCUCCGCGCCGGGGAUCUGGACCUGGACCGUUUGGCGCGCAGAGUGCGCCGGUCGAACAGAAGAAAAAGAAGGAUGAUAAGAAGGUGGCUGUUUUUGGUCAUUUGUAUGGCCAGCAGCGGAGGACUACUGUUGCUGGAGCUGGCAAGGAGGUUCACCCUGCUGUUUUGGCUUUGGGAUUGCAGUUGAGGGAUUAUGUUGUUUGUGGAAGUAGUGCGCGCUGCGUUGCUACGUUGCUUGCUUUCAAGCGGGUCGUUGAAUCUUACACAACCCCUCUGGGUACUUCGCUGGCACGCCACUUGACGACACAUCUCUCGCACCAGAUCACAUAUCUUUCGACAUGUCGGCCUCUUUCGAUCACCCAGGGCAAUGCUAUCCGUGCUUUGAAGCUGGCUAUUUCUUCCAUCGAUCCUUCUACCCCCGAGUCAUCCGCUAAGGCUACAUUGUGCGAUUUCAUUGACAGCUUUAUCCGCGAGAAGAUUACUGUUGCCGGCCAGGUUAUUGCCGCCAGCGCGGCGCAAAAGGUUCGAGAUGGUGAUGUGAUUGUGACGUUUGCUGGCAGCAACGUUGUUAAGGACACGCUUCUACUAGCACACAAUCAAGGCAAACGAUUCAGAGUUUCUAUCAUCGACUCGCGACCCCUGUUCGAAGGCAAGAGUCUAGCACGCGCACUCGCCAAAGCUGGAUUGGAUGUGCAGUACACCCUCGUCCAUGCCACUACCCACGCUAUUAAGGAUGCCACCAAGGUCUUCCUCGGCGCCCACGCCAUGACCAGCAACGGCGGUUUGUACUCUCGUGUCGGUACCGCUCUAGUCGCCAUGUCCGCCAAAGAACGUGCCAGCGGCGUUGAAAUUCCCGUCAUCGUCUGCUGCGAGACUGUCAAAUUCACCGACCGCGUCGCACUCGACAGCAUUGUUGUCAACGAAAUUGCCGAUGCUGACGAGCUGGUCUCCUCCCUACCCCCGCAACAACUCACCGGCCUGCCAGACCCCGGAGCCAACACCCCUGCACCGGCUGAUAAUAAGAAGGGUGGAAAACCCACCACUGCCGCACCCACGCUUGAGACACCUGCUUCGUCAUCUUCUACGUCCCCGCUCGCAAAUUGGAAGGAAACACCUAAUCUGCAGCUGCUGAACAUCAUGUACGAUGUCACACCUGCCGAAUACGUCGAUAUGGUCGUCACCGAGAUGGGCAGUCUGCCACCUAGCGCUGUCCCCAUUGUUCACCGCAUUAGUACGAAUCUGUGA